CUCAUCCACCCCCCCUCCUCAAUGCCAUCCAAUGACUGUUCAAUGCUCUUCAGGCAGAUGCAUUAUGAGCUACGAGUGAAACCUGGCAUGCCCGACUGAACCGACAUGAUCUGUCUAUAAAGACGCGUUAAUUAGCGCAUUCAGAGCGUGUAACUAACCAGCAACUAAGUUCCAUACCUGAAGCCCCAACAGCAUCAUCACCAUGCCGCGGCCAGGCCAAUCCCACGAAAAAGACCCCCGCUGGACAGCCGUCGACACCUACUCUUUCGGCCACCUCCACCACUCCACCCGCACAACGCCCUCCCCAUCCGCUCUCCAACAUGCCCUCGACGCCUCCCAGAAAGCCGGCCUCCCUGACAUCGCCGUCUCGCCCUCCCAAGGCAAAUACCUCCAGCUUACCGCACGCCUCGCGCGCUCCACAAACAUUCUCGAAGUAGGCACAUUGGGCGGAUACAGCACCAUCUGGCUCGCAACAUCCAGCCCCAACGUUAGCGUAACAAGCGUCGAAGUCGACAGCCACCACGCCGAUGUCGCACGAUCGAAUAUCCAAAAUGCGGGUUUGGAAGACAAAGUGGAAGUUAUACUAGGGCCUGGUAUGGACGUCCUCCCCACUCUUGCACAGCAAGUCAAAGAAAGCAAGAGGCCGAAAUUCGACUUCGUUUUCAUCGACGCGGAUAAGGAGAAUAAUUGGAACUAUGUAGAUAUAGCGCUGGGUAUGUGUGAGGCGGGGGCGUGUGUGAUUGUAGAUAAUGUGGUGAGGAAGGGGCAGUUGGCGGAGGAGACGGAUGAUCCGAGGGUUGCGGGAGCGAAGAGGGUGGUGGAGAAUGUGGGGAGAGAUGAAAGGUUGGAUGAAGUGGUGUUGCAGACGGUGGGAGAGAAGUCUUAUGAUGGGUUCUUGCUUGCUGUUGUGAAAUGAAAGGGAAGGUAGAAGUGAGAUCUGGAGUCUGCAGCAUACAUUAUCAUUAUUCUUUCUACUACUGACGACUUAUCUCUCCCUUGCCAAGGUCUUCACUAGGGUAUCUCCUCCACCCUCCACUACCACCAAGCCAGUCGUCGCAAUGUUGCGUAUAGGCUGACCUUUAGGUCUUCAAGAUGCUAGCGGCGACCAAAAUCGCAUCACUAGUCUUCUGCACCCACU